UCAAAAUGGCUUUCUACACUGUUUGUGAUCGUGUUUACUUUAGGAUUUUAAGAAACGAAAUGAGUUUUAAAUCUAAAUAGUGCGGUUAUUUCAGUAUCGAACUAGUUAUGUUACACAACAGUGGGCCUUACGGGCCGAACGAUGUGCCGGUAAACAUGGGAAUACCUGUGAAUAUGACCCAAAUGUCAAAUCCUAUGAACUUAGGUCAUAACUUGGGUAACUUGCCUAAAAUGCCUCAACAAACGCCACAAGCUGCAGCACCAGGGUAUGAUUUGCCAGAUUAUCGUUCAUACGGCCAUUCGCCUGUGAAUAUGGGACAUUCUAUGAGCCCCUUUCCAGGCUAUCACCAUUUGAACUUUCAAACAGACUAUGGCCAUCCUAAUUCGAGUUUACCACAUAAUACGGCACCAAGCACUGUUGAAAACAAUAUUCUGCCCAUGAAUUUAAAUACAAACAGGCCUGAUUUGAUGAAUUACUACAAUACUGAAAGCAAAACUUACGAUGUAAACAACUUAGAUGACAGAGAAAGUCUUAGUCAGAGAGUACCUCUACAUAUACCUCAAUUACAUACAAAAGCGCUACAGAAACAUCUGGGAAUGGACUCAAGUCAGGAUCAGUAUAAUUCUGUACAAGAAAAUCCAAUUGAUCCGAGAAAAACUCCAGAAAAAACAUUUAUGGAUAGUAAUAAGAGAAAAAGUUUAGAAAACACAGUGAAACUAAUUGAAGAUAUACUUAUAAAUAGUACACCUAAGAAUGUAAAUACUGAAUCAAUUUUGAGUAAAGCACUUUCAGACAAAUCAAGUACAAGGAGGACUAAACUACAUGAAGAAGUUGAUGGUAAAGAUUUAAGCAAAAAUAUUAAUCCUAGCUAUGAAAUGUUAAAUACUAAUGAUUUAAAUUCUAAUGGCGAAAGAACCAGAGAAGAUACAAAAUCAGUUAUCCAUGGUUUAAAUAUGACCAACAAUAAUUCAUCAAACAAAUCUAAGGAUUUAAAUUCAAAGCCGAAGGAAAAUCGUUCAAAAAGGAAAAAGAAAAAUGUUAAAAGUAAAAUCAACAAUGAAAAGGAAUCUUCACCUGUACAGAUUGAAAUCUACUGUGAACCGUUAAGACGGAGUCUUAUGAAAACUAAUCACAGCCAAAAAGAGGAGAGACGGAAAGUGUCCAAUGGACAAGAUUCGGAAAAAGAAGAAUUAAUAGUAGAAGUUAAUAUUAAAAAGGAAGUUGUUGAUGAAGAUAUAGUGCAAGUGAAGGUGGAGCCGAUAGACAGCAAUGAAAGCGAUAGUGCACCGUCACCAUUCCUGAAAGACUGUAACGCGACACCCAGAGACGCUUUAGAAGAGGAUGCUGUUAUCGUUGAGGAGAAUAAUGUUGCCAUAGCAAAGGAAGCUAUGAAAACGGGUUCAAAUCCAAAAGCCUACUACGAAUGCACCCACUGUAACCUCAUCUUCAAACAUCCGAAGCGUUUCCUGGUCCACACAAAAUGGCAUACGUUCGGUCUGACCACCGAAACUCGACACAGGAUGGAGAAGGAGAGAGAAGUACAGAAGAGUAUAAAGAAGGAAGCUAGGAUUGUAGAAAGAUUAAACGCUAAAGAGGUGAAAGAAGGCGCCGAGGGGGAAACGUUUCCUUGUAAAGACUGCGAUAAGAUAUUCUCCACGAAAGGCAGUCUGAAAAACCAUCGGCAGAAAUACCACCCGACUAGACUCCGCGAGUGCAAAGUCUGCAAGGCCACAUUAGUCGGUUGGUUGGCGUUGCGACAGCACAUGGCUACACAUAUUGCUGGCGCCGGCUUCGCCUGUCCCGAGUGCCCUAAGAGGUUCAAGUACCCGCACUCCUUGGCCAAACAUAGGGAUACGCAUCUGGAGAAAACCCAAUGCUGCAGCCAAUGUUCUAAAAAGUUUGGUUCGCAAGCUCUACUGAAGAUGCAUAUGAAGUGUCACGAGCGCGCCGCUAGAGGGACCACCUUUAGAUGCACUUACUGCGGGAAAGGGUUUUUCGAGAGCUAUAACUUGCAGAUCCACGAGCGAACACACCGCAACGAACGCCCAUUCUCCUGCGAUAUCUGUAAGACGAGUUUCGGAACCAAUUCUAGUCUCCAGCGGCAUCUCAAAGUUUCCCACAGCACGGCAAAACCCUACUCCUGCGAAAUAUGCCACCGCAGUUUCGCCUCUUCAACCACUCGCGCGCGCCACGUAUCGCGCUCCCACGGCGAUUCCUCAGACUUCCCAUACAAAUGUAAGCUUUGUCCGCGGCAGUAUAGUGCGUUGAAGGAGCUACAGAAACAUAUAGGGAAGAACCAUAAAGAAGAAAGGGAUAGGGGGGAAAUAGCAUCAAAAAGAUCGCAAAUGAAUAUUUAAUUUUUUCAACUGUCUAUACGGGCAAUGUUUAUUUAGCUAUUUUGUUUUCUUGAAACACUCGCUACGCUUGUGAUUCCCGAACCACUCGCUACGCUCGUGGUUCAAUAGUCGAUUCUUUCGCUUGAUCGGGUAUCCAUAUUACACAAAGUUUUUAUAACUGGCUAAGGAGCUACUUCUCGCAAGGCACAAGAUUCUCGAACCACUCGCUACGCUCGUGAUUCCCGGACCACUCGCUACGCUCGUGGAUCAAUAAUACACUCUACGAUCUACCCUAAUAAUAUUAGUGUGUUGAAACUCUCGUAACGCUCAAGAUUCCCGAUCCAAAAGCUGUACAUAGCAUUUUUUUAGUAUUCAUUCAAUCUUUUAAUCGCUAAGCGUGGCACUGAAAGUUCAGCUUCAUGUGCUCUGCCUACCCCUUAUGGAAAACAGGUGUGAGUAUAUGUAUGAUUGUAAUCAACUCAAUGUAAGUAAUCAAGCCAUGGUAAUGCGUGUAUUGAGCAAUAGCACAGUAUAAGGACGACUCAGUAAUAAUUCUUCUAACACCCAUCUUAAAGGCCGGCAACGUACCUCCAACACCUCUGGUGUUUCGGGUCC